UACACAUACUACUAGAAGGACGACGUCGGAGAAGAGUAAGCCUCAAACCCGAUUGGCUCUAUUAAACGUCACUCAACUCAAACGUACCUGCUGAUUGGCCGACGCGUUCAGCUCGAAGCAGUUGAUUGGCUGCUGUGUCGCGUGGUCCCACAGUUGACAGAGGCCAGCGGUGCUGAUGCUGUGACAAUGGGAAUCUGUCAAAGAACCAUCAUCUGGGCUUAAAAACACGGCGGAACACUGUCAACACGUCAUCAGGAAACAAGAAGAAACUGGACACACACACACAGACAGGCGGUGACCUCCAGCUGCUGUCCCUGAGAAGAGGAGUUUCCCCGGCUGCUGUGACUGACGUGCCCGGCUCUUCUGUCAGCCUUGUGUGGAUGGGGGCUGGGGAUCAGCAGUGAGGGACGCUGACGGCGGCGGCGGCAGCAGGGCAUCAGUGUACACCGCUGUGAUGGCAGCGUUGAGUCGACAAAGGUUUUUCCAGGAGCUCACCCACGGCUGCCUGCUGCCCACAGCUCAGCAGGGCCUGGAGCAGGUGUGGCAGCUGCUGGUUAUCUGCCUGCUGUGUCGGCUCCUCUGGAUGUUAGGCCUCCCCUCCUUCAUCAAACACCUGGGCACCGUGGCCGGCGGCUUCUACGCCCUGUAUCUGUUCUUUGAGCUCCAUAUGAUCUGGGUGGUCCUCCUCAGCCUCCUCUGCUACCUCUUCCUCUUCCUGUGUCGACACUCCACCAUGAGGGGCACCUUUCUGUCGAUCACUGUGCUCAUCUACCUGUUGUUGGGAGAACUUCACAUGAUGGACACCACCAAGUGGCACAAAAUGAGAGGUUCACAGAUGGUGGUGGCCAUGAAAGCCAUCUCUCUGGCCUUUGACUUGGACCGAGGUGUGGUGACCAGCGUACCGUCGCCCGUUGAAUUCAUGGGCUACAUUUACUUUGUGGGCACGGUCAUCUUCGGUCCCUGGAUCAGCUUCAACAGCUACAAAGACGCGUUGGAAGGACACAAGCUGAGCUUCUCCUGGUUCUUGAAGGUCUCCUUCAGCUGGGUGAAGAGUCAGCUCUGCCUCGUUGUUUCCAACUGUGUGGCUCCGUACCUCUUCCCCUACUUCAUACCUGUGUACGGGGACAAGUUACUCCGAGGGAAAAAAAGAAGAAAAAUCAGGAGUACCCUGGCAAAGUGGUUUCUGGCCUAUGAGAACUCCAUGUCCUUCCACUUUAGCAACUACUUUGUGGGAUAUUUCAGCGAGACCACUGCUACUCUGGCUGGAGCUGGCUUCACGGAGGAGAAGGACAACCUCAAAUGGGACAUGACGGUAACCAAACCCCUGAGUGUGGAGUUUCCUCGGUCCAUGGCGGAGGUGGUGACGUCGUGGAAUCAGCCGAUGUCCUGCUUCCUGCACACCUACGUCUUCAGGAGUGCCCUGAAAUUCGGGGCGUUCUCCGCCGUCAUGAUGACAUACGCCGCCAGCGCCCUCCUGCACGGUCUGAGUUUUCACCUGGGGGCAGUUCUCAUAUCCCUGGGCUUCAUCACGUACAUCGAACACGUGUUGCGGAGGAGGCUCGCUGUCGUCCUGAACGCCUGUGUGCUGACAAAGAAGUGUCGGCCAAACUGCACUCAUCGAAACAAAAAGGCGCUCUGGGUCUAUUUGAUUAACGUAGCAUUUAGCGCUUUAGCGGUGCUUCAUCUGACCUACCUGGGAUCUGUGUUCAACUCCAGUGUGGACUACGUAGAGGAAGACGAGGACGACGUCACUCAUCAUACCAUCCAGAAGUGGUCCGAGCUGAGCUGGAGCAGCCACUGGGUGACCUUUGGAUGCUGGAUAUUGUAUCGCCUCCUUCUCUGAGACUCUGGACUCAGAACAAAGGAAGAAGAACAGCAAUAAGAAGUGGUUUUCACUGGGACUGGAUCCUGUAUCAGAGCAGCCCAAACACCUGUGAAUAUUUAUAUAUCAAGUAGCCGACACACAGCAUCGAACAUCUGGCGUGUGGGUGGGCCCCCCCCCCCCCCCCCGCUGAGGGCUAGUUAUUAAACCCACGUAACUGUGUUUCUGCCCCCCCUCCUUUUGUUUUUACAUUGUCACCUCCCUUUAAUCCACACACUAACACUAACACUUUUUGUAUAACUAAUCAACUGCAUCCAAUAACGGAAUCUGAGAUUUAUAAAAACAGAUCAAAACCGGUGACUAGCGCCCCCUGCAGUGUCAUAUUUACACCAGUGCUGCAGCCACGUGUUUGCAGUUGGUCGUCAGUUCUCACCCCCUCGUGGCGUUUAGCGUGACCUUCACAAACCUAUAGAUUUGACAUCUUUACCUCUGACACACCACCCAUGCUGACCGUCUCCACCUCGUCCAGACUGAGCAGGGAAUCAUGGGUAAAAUCUGGUCAAAUCUAAAAUGAUUCUAUAUUAAAUAUUUUUAUGAGACGGUUUAGGAGGUCGGACUGAAACACACGUUAUUAUAUCAUUUGUUCAGUGGUGAUGAGACGUAGAGUUUGAGUCCCAUUUAAGACGACUCGGUCCAACAAGUCUUUUAGAUGUUGUUCUAGUCUUUAUCUCUGUUCUAGUCUUUUUUCUGUUCUUUAUCUUUGUCUUUAUCUCACAUUUUUUCCUUCUGUAAAUGUGAACCCACUGAUACACCUGUGAUAUUUUUAUAAAAUUUUACAUCAAACCCAGACUGACCUCUUUAUAUUUUUUAAAUAUACCUCCACUUU